AUGACCAGGAACAAGUGUGCGGCAUGCUAUAGGCAGUUCAACAAAAUGGAGCACCUUGUGGAACACAUGAGGAAUUCAUAUCACUCAUUUCACGAACCCAUGUGUGGAAUUUGUGGGAAACGUUGCCGAUCAUUUGAGUCUCUGAGGGAGCAUCUAAUAGGGCUGUUGCCAAAGGCAGAAUGCGAAAGGAUAUUCAAAGAUCAAGGAUGUGACCUCUGCCUAAUGGUCCUUAACAGCCGUAAUGCACUAAGGGUUCACCGAGAGACAUGCCAACUCUCACGAGUAAACACUAUGGAUAUGCUUUAUCGCCUGCCUAACUUAGGCAUUCACGAUGACUUGAAGAUUGAUAAUGGUAGAACAAGAGUAGUUGCACUUGCUUGCAAAAUGGUUGGUGGUGGCAGUGAUGGUACCCUAGACCUUUGUGGAAGGGUUUGCCUCAUUGAUGAAUAUGAAAAUGUUAUCUUUCAUACCUAUGUGAAACCUCAACUUCCAGUCACAAAUUAUAGGUAUGAAACAACGGGCAUACGACCAGAUCUUUUAAAAAACGCAAUGCCAGUGAGGCUAGUGCAGCAGAAGAUUCAGAAUUUUUUAUGCAAUGGGGAACCAAUAUGGAAGGUUCGGUCAAGAGGAGGAAGAGCAAGGAUCCUUGUUGGUCAUGGAUUGGAUCACAACCUUAGAAGUCUAGAAAUGGAGUUCCCGCCAAUAAUGAUCAGGGAUACGGCACAAUAUCCUCCUUUGAUGAAAUCAAGCAAGAUAAGCAAUUCACUGAAGUACCUAACAAGAACAUACCUCGGGUAUGAGAUUCAAACAGGCAUCCAAGAUCCUUAUGAGGACUGUGUUGCAACAAUGAGGCUUUACAAGCGAAUGAAAUUCCAAGUUCAUAAAAACGAGGACUACCCACUUGCUACCGACCCACAAAACCGAAAUAAUUUUGCACAAUGGAGGCAAAAUGAGCUUGAGAGGAUGACCCCAGAUGAAUUGUUGGAGAUCUCAAGGUCUGAUUACUACUGUUGGUGCUUCGACACCAAGGAAGGUGCCUAAAUGGUAAAGAUUGAUUCAUCGAAGCUACGGAGCUAUAAACUUACUAAGAUACCAAUCCGUGAUCUUAGAAAAGAAUAAAACAUGGAAAUUAUAUCGCUUCAGUUAGAUUAUAUUUAUUUGAACUAUGUGGAAGAAAACUCAUCUGACUGCA